AUGGAAACCAAUGGUGAUGUCUUUGUGGUGUCUAAUGGUGCUCAGCAGCAGAGCAUUGAUCACGUGACCAUCUCAUCUACACGUUCCCAAAACAAGCCUCCAACAGCACCGGAUGGUGGAUGGGGAUGGGUUAUCACGUUUUCUUCCUUCAUGCUCAACUUUUUGGUGGACGGCGUUAGUUUAUCUGUUGGCAUCUUUUUCAAUACAUUUUUGACAACGUUUGGAGAAAGCAAAGGGAAAACACAGUUACUGAGCUCUGUUAUCAAUGGCGUGGCAUACAUAGUUGGUCCAAUAUCUGGUUCGUUUGCUAACCGAUUCGGAUGUCGGACAGCAACCGGUCUUGGGAUUAUCAUAGCCAGCGUCGGAAUCUUUUUCUCCACCUUCUCCCCUAGUCUUGACGUCAUGAUUUUACUAUACGGCGUUAUGGGAGGUAUUGGAUUCGGAUUGGUGUACACACCCAGCAUAGUAAUAGUAAGUUACUACUUCGAAAAACGCCGAGCUCUUGCUACUGGGAUCGCCGCAUGCGGAUCGGGUAUCGGAGGGUUUGUGUUCGCUCCACUUUGCGUACUUCUACUGGAAAUGUACGGUUGGCGAGGAGCGUUUUGGGUAAUCACAGGCAUCGUGUUAAAUGGUGUCGUGUUUGCAGCAUUUUACAGAGAGCUGAAAUCACCAAGAGCAGGAAAAGAGCUUAAUAACGUAGACAGAGCAGGGACGAAUAAUGAAUCGAACUGUAGAAGAACCUGUUCUUCUGUUUCGUUGAAGUUCGACUGUUCCUUGCUUAAAAGUCCAUGUUUUGCUGUUUUUUCCUUGUCGUGUUUCCUGAUGUCAACAGGUUGGUAUAUUCCGUUCAAUUUUCUACCUGUGCUGGCGGAUGAUCUCAAUCUGUCUGCAAAUGAAGGAGCUCUUCUUAUCUCCAUCAUAGGGAUAUCUAACACCGCCUCAAAUGUUGUGUUUGGUUUCAUCAUCGACCUUCCUUGUGUCGACAGUAUUCUCCUGAACAGUGUCGUGCUUGUAAUUGGAGGAGUGACCACGUGUCUCGUUCCCUAUUGUCGAGAGUUCGCAAUUUUAGCCACUUAUUCAGCUUUAUUUGGCGCGGUCGGAGGAGCUUUCCAACCACUAAAUUCCAUUAUUAUUAUAGAUUUGAAAGGUAUCGAGAAGUUGUCCAAUGGAUUUGGACUACUCAACUUGUUUAUCGGGAUUGCUUCCAUCAUUGGAUCACCAAUUGCAGGAAUUCUCUCCGACGUCACAGCGGGCUAUGACGCAGCAUUCUACUUCGCUGGAGCUACCAUCACCAUCGCUGGGAUUGUUUCGUUCCCGCUACGCCUAAUUGCAAAAUGUGAAAACUCCAACAAAGAUCCAAGCGUUUAG